GAGAGAGGGGUCGUCUUUCUUUCCUGACAUUUGGUGAUAAAUAACCACCGUUUUUUCAACUAAAGAACAGAGAAAAGAAGAUUUUUCCACCUAAUCCUAAAGGAGAAGACGUUUAUCUUCCUCCCUAAAGAUUUUUACAACGUUGGAGAGCAUUAUGCAAAACACAGUUUGCAUGGAGGCCUUGUCAGCACUCUCUGGGUGCAAUGUCGAGGCAACAACCGGACCCUCGCAGCUCACCUCACAGGAUUUUGUCAACAUUGUAGCCCUCAGAGAGUUCUACAAACAGGAGGGAUUUCAGGAACUAGAGUACCCCAGUUUGGGGACAUUAUCCUUGCAAGACAUGGAAAAUCAGGACAUGUACAGCUCUCCACCAGCCCUGACUGGUGAACCUGUGGUGAGCCUUAGACCAACAGUUAGGGUCAAUCCCCAAGACUUCUUCCAUCCACAGUUUGACUACGAUUUCACCAACAUAAAGGAUGGUGAUAAGACAUUUCUGCGUGGAAAUGAGAAGUACAUUCGCCCCUGUGGAUGGAAACGAUUCGCCCUGCGUGUCCUAGACAAGUACCCAGAUGGGAAUAAUUGGCUUGGGACAGGGACCAACGCCUGGCCAGUCUCCUACCAUGGCCACAACAUGGACGGCUCGCUAGGUAUCAUCCUCACCCGUGACGGCCCACCAAACGACGCGCCAGACUUUCUGGAUGCCUGCGCUGCCUCUCUUCUAAAGCCAGACACCAAAGGCAGAGGGGUGUACUCCACAUCAGACAUCAAGAUGGCUGAGAAGUAUUGCAAGAUUUUCAAGUCCAAGGAGGAUGGGAAGCAAUAUAAGGUGGUUCUUCAGAACCGUAUCAACCCAGAAAAAAGGCAGAAGUGCCAGAGAGAGGAUGUGUGGUUGGUGUACAUCCCUGAAGGCUGCAACGAUGUGCAAAAGAAAGCCCUCGUGGAGGAUUCCCUCCGUCCUUAUGGGCUGCUGCUGAAGCAGCAAUAACUUUUUGGAUAAUUGGUACUCGAGGUUUUCAGGGUUAUCAUCAUGGUUUUCACCUCUGGAAAAAUGAAACGCUUUAGAGGAAAUGUAUGAAUUCCAUGUCCAAAUUUCUUAACUUAGGCUUUAUUCUUUUCAGGAAAAGUUCAAUUCGAGAUAGCAAGAUGGAAAACCAGGCUUUGCAUUAUGGACACGUUCCUCUUACAUACAUGAACUCCACCUUCCUUGAGUUGAAUUUUAAGGUAUUAUAAACAUGCAUCUUCUAAAGAUACUUCGAAAUACUACUGUUAAAAUAAAUGAUGCAUACGGAUAUAUAGAGAUGCUUUGUCAAUUUAGUUUCUUCUUUGACUGCAACUUUUUACUCUCUGUAAAAUGGUGCAAUUGCAACAUAUUUUAGAUAUUAUUGCACAUAACUGAGGUGACUUGACAAAAAAAAAUAUAAAUUCUUUACACUGGAUGCUUUUUACUCUCAAUUAUACAAUGAGUGAUAAACCUGUCAUAUCGCAAAAAUUAUUGAAGUAAUUUAUUGUUCCUUUAAAAUGAAAUUGUCGCUAAAAAUUAUGUUUUUUUUAAUGGUCUGUCAUAUUUUCUAACAGGUCUAACGUUCCAGUUAGGCCUGAAUGACAGUUCAAGGUUGUCUGUUAAGUCUCAACUUUUUCCUAAAACUCUGUAACUGAGUAUGAAUGAAUGUAAUAAAAUGGAA